AUGCAAGUCUCGCAGGCCUCGCUCGGAAAAGGGGACACCGAAGUUUCGCCUUUUCCGUCGGAGGCAACGAAAGCCUCGGGGAGGCGCAAUAAACGGCCGACGCCGGAGAACGCCGACUCGCCGAGAAGCUGCCGCCUCCGCCUUCUCCUGCAACCAACAAGGAGGCGAAUGGUGCCAACUUUUCGUUGUUUUGUUGUUCGUGGUUUGACUCUCCGAAAAGAGGCGGGCGGCCGCGAAACGGAUCCAGGGAUGCCCCCCUGUGUGGUCUUGGCCAGGGACAGAGCAAUUCCAGGUUUGAGAGAAUCGAUAGUUAGCUUCCUGACCGACGGUGUGAGGCGGUGA